AUGGAUAUGGCCGCGCCUAAUGACCCGCUAAGAGCUCCCUCGUGGCUGCGUGGCAUCCCGCUUGCGCCGCUUGCGGCGACAAAGCUUCUGUCGGGCACGGCAUACGCCGGCGAGAUUAAGAUCGACCCGGAGUUAUGGGAGGUAGGAGUGCACGACUACGGCAUCGCCUUUUUUCGACCCUUGGAAGAUCUGGACCCUGGAUACUUGAUAACCCACCCGGAAACGAGCAGACGUCUGGUCGAGACUCUGAACUGCGAAGCGUUCGCGGCCAACGUCGCUUAA